UACUACAUGUCUAUCUUAUUGCACCGUUUCCGACCUGGGCCCAGACCACAGCAGGACAGAUCAAGAGUGAGUUUGCGAAGCUCCGCCAGUUCCUGAGAGCGGAGGAGGAGGCCAGACUGGAAGCUCUGGAACAGGAGGAGAGCAAGAAGACCGGGUUACUGACUGAGAGGAUCAACCGCCUCACCGAUGACAUGACUUCCCUCUCUGAGAGAAUCUCAGACAUACAGCACAGGAUGAAAACAGAUGAUGUCUCAUUCUUGCAGAUUCAUCUCACAUAUUUUAACAAUGUUCUAUGUUCACGGUACAACUGUUAAAUGUACUGAGGCUUUCUCAAAUAAUUUUUUUUUUUUUUUUUACUGUGAUCCAUGUGUUUUUGUUUCAGAUAUACAAGGACUUGAAAGACGGUUAUGCAACAUUACAAUGAUCGUCAUGUCAAAUAUUUGAUCAGUCUCCAACAUUAUUGACACAAAAUGUGUGUACUGUAUGUAAUUUCAGUACACUGCAGGAUCCAGAGCCGCUAUCAGGGAUAGACGUGGCCCAACACCUGGGCAACCUGAGGUUCAAGGUCUGGGAGAAAAUGCAGAAAAUGGUUGAAUACACCCCUGUGACCCUGGAUGUAAAUUCAGCCCACGCUGAUCUACUGAUAUCUGGGGGUCUCCUGCAGGUGAGUGACACACGGGUGUCCCAGCCUGUGCCUGAUAACGCUGAGCGAUUCGACAGCUCAGUGAGCGUGCUAAGCUCUGUGGAUUUCUGCUUAGGCAUUCACAGCUGGGAGGUGGAGGUGGAGCCUAAGAAUGCCUGGACUCUGGGAGUGGCCAAAGAGGGUGUAGCCCGGAAAGGCAAUGUGAUGGUCAGCCCAGAGGUCGGGAGCUGGGCGAUGGGGAUGUGGAACGGGGAGCAGUAUAGCGCUGGAACUUCCCUCCCUGGGUACCCCGUUGGUUCUGAAGAGGAAGCCCAAGAGGAUCAUGGUCAAGCUGGACUAUGA